GAAUGCGUCCCUGAUCACUGGCAAAGAAGAGGUUAGUUUUCUUCUUGUUUAUUGCUCCACUCAGCCAGCAGGGAGGAUUUGUGGAAAAAGAUGAAGUUCACGCAACCCUUGCAUGCUCAGCAUAUUGGGCGAAUGGUGAAGCGUUUCUGGUUAUCUGCCUCCCAGAGACUUAUCCGGAAUACAGAGGUGGAGACAUGUGCUGACAGGCUAAAAGGUGCCACCAUCGUGGAUGCCAAUGAGAUCUUCAAAGCCCAAAGCAAACCAGCUCCGAAGGAAGUCAUCAAACCCAUCCCAACACGGAAGUAUCCUCCAAUUUAUUCUUACAACACAGAUUCAUUGCUGAUUGAGGGAUUGGAGCAAGCUCAAGUGCUAACGAAGAGUGUGGCUGUGGGUAAUCUCCCACAGAGGUACACCGAGUUUCUGGAUAAACUCAAGAUUGCUGAUGAUGUUCAUGCAACUGUUGAGAUGGAUAUUCUCUCUGCACAUCUCUUUGAUGCAGAGCAGAAGAAGACAAAACGUCUUCAUGAUCCACUGAGGCCGGCAUUUAAUUUCCCGCGAGUUUAUGGAAUUACAGAGGAGAGGAAAAACAUGCUAAUCCUGGACAAACUCAUAAGGCAAUGUGAGAGAUUAACGUGGAAUAAAGCAGAAAUUUUGCAGAAAAAAAUCCUCCACAAUCCCCUCAUAAGGGUUGUCUUUGACAAGGAUGGCGAUAAGAUUGGCAUGGAUUUAGUCGCGAAUCUUCUAAUUUCCUCCAAGAAACCCAUUGAUCCUGUUGGGAAAACCUCUGAGGAUAUUAACGAUGUAAUCCCGGAUCUCUUCCCGCUUAAAUUCACCAGUUCCCUCAAAUCAAUACCCAAUGACGGAUGGGAAACUUUCUACCCUCUCAAUUCCGGGAAUAAUUUUGUGACUCCGCACACGGUAUUCCCGACUUUCACAUCCUUCACGAAAACUCUCCAUGAGCUUCCCAUUAAUAAGAGUCAAAUUAGGUCCAGAACUCUCAUCUAUGCCUUUGCAGCUGCCUCAUCGAGGGCUAAGCAACAAUUUGGGGCUGAUGUCCGAAAGCUCCCUCAUCCAAUUGUAGUUCAGUCAAUCCACACAAAUGGGCAAUCGUACCAUUUUGGCGUCUUUCAGCUCAACACAUUGGACCUAAGUGGGAGCGAUGGGGAGAAGAAUGUGUGGUACGAGACGGAGAUUGAGGAUCUCUACGAGAGCUGUUCAUACCGCGAAGCAAUCCCACACCUUGAGCGCUACAAUCCAAACAUUCUCGCAAAGUUCUUCACUUUCUACAGCCAAUAGGGAAUUGUUUUAUGUUUAUAUAUCCCCUAAAAUGAUGUAGUUCUCUUUAUUGAUUAAACAAUGUGCUUUAUAGAGGAA